AUUGUUUUUGUCCAUUUUUUUAUUAUUAUUAUUGUUAUUUAUUACCACUGCAUUUAAUUUUAUAUUGAUUUAUUGUAUGCAGAGAUGCCCUUCUAAGGUGCGAAGCCUUGUGUUUAUUUUUUUUCUGUUGUACUGAUGUACAGAAAAUGUUCAAUAGUGUGAAUGACUAUAAUCUCAGUGAAAAGCAACUUUCAGGCUGCCACAGCAUGAUAGCAUGGUUUUCAGAUGUAAAUGAAUCGGACACUAAGAAAAUCACGUGUCGCACUUGCGUUUAACAGGAAACAUUGUACUCUGGUUAUAUUUACUGCUGAUAUUAUUAUUGUUACAAAUUAGCUUAUGGUUAUUUUCCUUCCUCUGUUUCUGGUUCUUGUAUGGUCUACAUGCAUAUUUCAACAAACAAAUAUAAUGGAUUUUAUCUUGCAACAUUUUUUAUUAUCUAUGGAAAUAUGUUUUGGCAUUUGACUUCCUAAAUGAUACACACAUUGUAAGCAUGCCCCUAUGGGACAAAUCACAUUUUUUUACUCUUGAAUAAAAUAUGCAUGAACAAAAAAUGUGUUGCAUAGUUUCUAACUCACUGACGGAUAUAUUAAUGCUAAUUGCAACUUUUACCGUGACUUACAUCACGGUACAACCCCUCAGAACUAAUUACAUGCCUUACUUGUGUACAGUGUAGCCAACAAAGAAUAUUUACUACACUUAAGGUUUAUUAUAAAAGCAUUACACUACAGUCUGUUACAUCUAAAUCUAAUAGUUACAGAGACGUUUACAAUUUGUCAUUUUAUGUAAUGUUACCAUAAUCCAUAUUUGCUGAAUGUGCAGUUUUAUUGGUUGGUUAGAUAAAAGGAUCCAUAACAUACCUGUUAUCUGCUCAUUCUGCAACUGCAGUUAAAGGCAGAAAUCGACCACUUGAUGGAUAAAAAUAAAAAUAAAAAAACACUUUUGUAUUUAGCCCUCCCUCAUUGGCACUUGAAUGCACCACAAGUAAGUAUGCCUUUAAAUGAAAGACCUUGAAUGCUGCAGCAUCACUCUACACCUGCUGGGGUUUCUUGGUACCAUUGGGUAAUUGACAGGAAAAGCAAUAGGAAGGACAAAAUUGCCAAACUUGCAAACAAACAGACAACCAACAAGUAAUCUCCCAUGACUCAAUACCAGGGCCUUAUUUUCUACACAGGAUAUGACGUUCUGCCUCCACCUCCUGUCCAUCACAGCUCAGGAGGUCCAGUUUAGUUCCACAGGGUGGCCCUUUAACACACCGCUAAGAAAAGCCCGACAGCAUCUUUCAGACGCUUUGCUUUUAAAAAUGGCCCAGCUGCAGACCUGUUUGCAGCCUGACAUCAACCGCCAUCGUCUGCAGAUCGGAUAAUAGCGCGAAGGACUUUUUUUGAGUGACUGCAGGCUCGCGCCCGAGCUAACGUUACGCAGCUGUCUGAAACCGAAGCUAACCGGGUUGCUACCUAACGUUAGCUCUAACGGCUCGCUUUUUUUGUUUGUUUUUGCCAUAUGAUAUAUUGACGCACAUUGCACGGGGGACAGGCAUCUAGAGACAGCGACCACCGGACCAGCGAUACGACUCCCGUGACGGUAAAAUGGUCAAAGAAGAGGCCGACCGGCUGAUCGAGAAGGCGAAGCUGUGUUUACGGUCAGGACGGACGGAUCGGGCGCUGCAGCUGCUCUAUGAAGCCCAGAAUAUUUACCCCAGCACCCGGGCCAGAGUGCUGAUAGAUGCUAUAGUGAGGAACGGAGACUCCGCUGCUCCUCAAGCAAACCACGUCCCACCGCCGACCGGCUGGGGAGACGAGGACAUCCGGAGCAAUGAAACGAGUAACGUAGGUGGUGAGGAGAAGAAGAGCUACACCGAGGAGCAGCGGCAGGGUGUUCUCAGGAUAAAGAAUUGCAAGGACUUUUACGAAAUCCUCGGUGUUACCAAAAAUGCCUGCGAGGAAGAUUUGAAGAAGGCGUACAGGAAGUUGGCCCUCAAGUUUCACCCCGACAAGAACUUUGCUCCAGGAGCCACGGAUGCUUUCAAAGCAAUAGGCAACGCAUACGCAGUGCUGAGCAAUCCGGAGAAGAGGCAGCAGUACGAUCAAUACGGAGAUCAAUCGGCAGCUGCGAACGCACCCCAACAGUCCAGCCACACCCGCCAAGGAUACUACCGAAGCUUCAACAGGGACUUCGAGGCCGACAUUUCCCCCGAGGAGCUCUUCAAUAUCUUCUUCGGAGGAAGAUUUCCAACAGGAAACAUCCACGUGUACACCAACCAGGGAGCCUCCUACUCUCAGUUCUAUCAGCCUCGUCGUCGACGCGCUUUUGAGAGGCGCGAGGAGGUGGUGGAGGAGAACCAGAGUCAGAACACCUUCACAGCGCUGCUGCAGCUUCUCCCUGUGCUGGUGCUUAUCCUCAUAUCAGUGUUUACUCAGAUGAUGGCCACUAACCCGCCCUACAGUCUCUUCUAUAAGCCGGCCAUGGGGCUGGUGGUGUCCAGGGAAACGCAGCACAUGGGUGUACCGUACUAUGUGGAUAAAAGUUUUGAGAAGGAAUACCGCGGAGCUGCGCUGGAUGAACUAGAGAAAACUAUUGAGAGCGACUAUAUCGAACACCUGCAGAACAGCUGCUGGAAGGAGAAACAGCAAAAGUCGGACUUGGCGAACCUCGGACAGCUGUACCGAGACGAGCGGCUGAAGCAGAAGGCCGAGUCAAUGAGGCUGGACAACUGUGACAAACUGCACCGAUUGGUUGGGCGUCAGAGAGGCAAAUGAGGACCGCUUGAGAGGAGAACACGUUUCUUUACAGACUUUACAAUAAUGCAUUUUAUUAAAAGUGUGUGAAUUUAUCCAAUCCGGCCACUUUGUAAAGAAAUCUUUUAGGUACAGCGCAGUCGGUGGGAGAUUAUGCCACUGGAAACAAUGUGCCUUCUCUCCUCUUCGAUGGUAGGAAAUAAGAGUUAGCAUUGUUAGCUGCCCACCCUGGCUGUGGUGGCAGCAGCAUGAAGUGCAGACUCUCUGUGGCAGUGUGUAUGAUGUCUCGGAGCCUUUAAACUUUCUUAUAGAAAUGGCAUGACAUAAGGGGUCUCCCUUUGGGGUUAUGAAGGCAGUAGUAUGUUCACUCAUACACGUUCUAUUCGUUUAGGUUUUGUAGCUUACCUCUAUUUAUUUUCUUUCAUGUUUUUGUGUCCUUGCUGACAUUUUAGGUGUUAUUUAAUAAUCAAUGGAGUGAUUGUUGCCCGAGCAUCUUGGCUCAUCUUUUUUUCUUUUUUUUUUCCCCUGUAGGAAGUAAUAAAAUACAGUGACUAAUAUAGUCCUGUAGUCUUUGGACAAAUCUUCUGAGAGCUUCUGUACUGUGAAAUAACAGAGGACCUUUUUAUUUAUUAUUACAACAUUGACUAAUCAGAUUUACUGUGGUUGAUCAGGCAAUUUGUCCUCUGGGACUACAGCAAUAGGAGGCACAUGACGGUUCAAUUCAACAAAUCUUGACAACAUUUUUCUGAUUGCGUGUUUGUAAAAAGGUUGCACUUGCCAAAAAAAUGAGCGGCCUCCUACUGCAGAGCUUCCUGCUGAUCCUGCUGCUGGCAGAGGGGUUUAUUACGCGGUCAUUAAUUAAGCUUCCACUCAGGAAGUCGUUCGGUACAGCUGCAGGCAUGUGUUUGAGGUUUAGCAGUGAGAAAUGACUGUUGUGUGUUGCAGAAAGUUUUCGAAGAAGUCGCUUUUAAUUUGUCAAAAGCGAAGAGCCCAUUCACAGUCCUAUUUGGCCCAUGUGUUAUAAAUGUUGUAUAAAUUCUGUACCUGUUUUCAUUCAUACUGAUGUUUUAUAAAGAAUAAUAAUUUUUGUUCUCAUCUCCAACAGAAUGAUCACUUUUAAUCGGACGCUAACCUUGUGGAGGUGUUAACUUUAACUCUUUAACCACAGAUGAUUCAAACCCUAAACAGACACUGGUACUUGUUUCUGUGCGCCAAGACUGCCUCAGCUGUUCUCGUACGAUAUUCAGGUUCUUCUCGAGCACUUUUAAGUUAAAGUUCAAUCCUGUUCCUAUUGUUGCUGUUGCAUGCAUCCCAGUGAGCGAGAGAGAGAGAGAGUGUGUGUUAUUAGUUACGUAUUUAUUUUUCAGCAACCACAUCUUCGUGACUACUGACACAGUAAAUGUUAAUUGACUAGAAUAUUCAGGUCCACACUGUAACUCAAAACAUGUAAAAACCUUGACUGUGAUACGCACAAAUCAGGGGGUCGUAGUACAUCUGAGCAACGCUGCAGAAUUCAGUUUUCAGCCAAAUAUACCUGAAAAUAAAAGAUGUAAUCAGAGUAUGUCUUGGCCCGUCUGAUUUGUUCAUUUAUGAUUUGGUGGUGGUUUGACUCUUGAGUGCUUCGUUUGUUUGGUCACAUCAUUAGAAGACUACACAUUAUCCUACUGACGGUAUAACAAUCAGUCUCUUUAUUUCAAGGUGAUCGGGCAGCGAGACUGAGAAUGACGGCAAAUAUUUAUAUUUGAAAAGGUAAAAAUUAUGUAAAAUAUAAAUCGCAAAGAAGCUGAAACAAACACAUCUACUGUGUCUGAACCUCUCACUGCUGUCUGUGGGGAAAAACAUCACAACAAGUGGCCAAAAGGCUUUAAUGUUUCUGUACAUUUGCACCUUCAUCUGUCCAAUUACUUUCUCGGAACAUGAGGUUUGACUUGCCGCAUGUACAACUUGAGAUCGUAUCACACUUUCUUUCUGUUUGACUCUAAAUACGAGCUGUGAAACUAAUAUCCGUUGAAGCCGGUUACAGAUGUCUGGAUUUAACAGACAUGGAAAAGCCUUU